AUGGAUGGAAGGAAUAACACUAACGUGUCUGACUUCAUCCUUUUGGGGUUGACAGAUUCUGAAGAGAUCCGGCUGGUCCUCUUCACACUAUUUCUUCUGAUAUACCUGGUUAGUGUGCUGGGAAAUGCAGGCAUGAUACUGAUAAUCCGCCUGGAUCUUCACCUUCACACCCCCAUGUAUUUUUUCCUCAGUCACCUGUCAUUUCUUGACCUCAGUUACUCAACCGUCAUCACACCUAAAACCUUAGAGAACUUACUGACUUCCACCAAGUACAUUUCCUACAUGAGCUGCUUCACCCAGAUGUACUUUUUUGUCUUCUUGGGUACCACUGAAUGUUUUAUUCUCUCCUCCAUGGCCUAUGACCGCUAUGUAGCUAUCUGCAACCCUCUGCAUUACUCAGUUGUUAUGUCCAGAAGACUCUGCUGCUCCCUCAUCUCUGUGUGCUAUUUAAAUGGCUUUAUGGACUCCAUCAUCAAUGUGCUUUGCAUGAGCAGACUGCAUUUCUGUGACUCCAAUGUAAUCCGUCACUUUUUCUGUGACACUUCCCCAAUUCUUGCCCUGUCCUGCACUGACACACAAGAUGUCGAAAUAAUGAUAUUUAUCUUUGCAGGAUCCACCCUAAUGAUAUCUGUUAUCAUAAUAUCUGUGUCUUAUCUGUCUAUACUGUCUACUGUCCUGAAAAUUACUUCCACUUCGGGGAGGCAAAAAGCCUUCUCUACGUGUGCCUCCCAUCUUGUGGGAGUCACUAUUUUUUAUGGAACUACGAUUUUUACUUAUUUGAAACCACGUAAAUCCUACUCCUUGGGAAAGGAUCAAGUGGCUUCUGUUUUUUAUACUAUCGUGAUCCCUAUGCUGAAUCCACUCAUUUAUAGUUUAAGGAAUAAAGAAGUGAAAAGUGCUGUCAUUAGAGUCAUACAGAAGAGACAGGGCUCCAGGCUACUAAAGUAA